AUGGAGUUUACGGCAUCGCCCAAGCCCCAGCUCUCCUCUCGAGCCAAUGCCUUCUCCAUCGCCGCGCUCAUGUCCAGCGGCGGUCCCAAAGAGAAGGAGGCAGCAGAAAAUACCAUCAAACCCCUGGAACAAUUCGUGGAGAAGUCAUCUUGCGCCCAGCCCCUGGGUGAGCUCACCAGCCUGGAUGCUCACGCAGAGUUCGGCAGCGGGGGCGGCAGCCCUUCCUCAUCCUCUCUAUGCACAGAGCCACUGAUCCCCACCACCCCCAUCAUCCCCAGCGAGGAGAUGGCUAAAAUCGCCUGCAGCCUGGAAACGAAGGAGCUCUGGGACAAAUUCCAUGAACUGGGCACGGAGAUGAUCAUCACCAAGUCGGGAAGGAGGAUGUUCCCGACCAUCCGCGUGUCAUUUUCUGGGGUGGAUCCUGAGGCCAAGUACAUAGUUCUGAUGGACAUCGUCCCGGUGGACAACAAGAGGUAUCGCUACGCCUACCACCGGUCCUCAUGGCUGGUGGCCGGCAAGGCCGACCCUCCCCUGCCAGCCAGGCUCUAUGUGCAUCCAGACUCCCCGUUUACUGGCGAACAGCUCCUCAAACAGAUGGUGUCUUUUGAAAAGGUGAAACUCACCAACAAUGAACUUGAUCAGCAUGGCCAUAUAAUUUUGAAUUCAAUGCAUAAGUACCAGCCUCGAGUGCAUAUCAUAAAGAAGAAAGACCACACGGCCUCCCUGCUCAAUCUGAAGUCGGAAGAAUUCAGAACAUUCAUCUUUCCAGAGACAGUGUUCACAGCAGUCACGGCCUACCAGAACCAGCUGAUAACCAAGCUGAAAAUAGACAGCAAUCCAUUUGCCAAAGGGUUCCGGGACUCCUCCAGGCUCACUGACAUCGAGAGGGAGAGUGUGGAGAGCCUGAUCCAGAAGCAUUCCUAUGCCCGUUCUCCCAUCCGCACCUACGGAGAAGAGGAUGUACUGGGGGAAGAGAGCCAGACAACUCCAAAUCGAGGAUCAGCCUUUACAACAUCUGACAAUUUGUCUCUCAGUACCUGGGUAUCAUCCUCUUCCAGUUUUCCUGGAUUUCAGCAUCCACAGACCCUGACUGCUCUUGGCACCAGCACAGCAUCCAUAGCGACACCCAUUCCUCACCCUAUACAAGGUUCUCUGCCACCAUAUAGCCGCCUGGGAAUGCCUUUGACCCCAUCUGCCAUUGCCAGCUCCAUGCAGGGAAGUGGUCCCACGUUCCCUUCAUUCCACAUGCCUCGAUACCAUCACUACUUUCAGCAGGGGCCCUAUGCAGCCAUCCAAGGACUACGCCACUCCUCUGCAGUGAUGACACCAUUUGUAUGA